AUGAAGAAAAGCAACAGGAAGUCUACCACGAGGAUCAAUGAGCAAGAUGCCAUCUACGUCCCACGCUCCCAAGAUCCAGGAGGGCUUCAGAACAUGUUGGACGAAGGAGAGUAUGCCCCUUUUGUAUCUCCUCCCAUAUUAGAGAGCAAUUUUAUCCAGGUCAACAGGAGAGGUGAAUCCAUUUACCUUCACAACCAAGCCAACUGGGUGACUGUAGCCAUCUGCUCUUCCAGUCCCAGCCAUGGGACCCCCAACGUGAUGCUGCUGGCACAUCCGACACCCGCAGCCCGGAAAGAUACAGAACCCCUGUUUCAAAGUCUCCUGACAUCUCCUUCUCCAGAGAAACUGGUGCUCACCAGGUUUCUCCCUCUGCAGUUUGUGACUGUUUCUGUGCACGAUGCUGAGAACAUGCGCCUCAAAGUAAAGUUGGUGAGUGGCCGAGCCUACUACCUACAGCUCUGUGCCCCUGCGCACGAACAGGACACCUUAUUUUGUCAAUGGGUGGAACUCAUCUCCCUUUUGAAUCAGGAGAAAGCCAAAGCUUCCAAAAUGUCAGAAUUCUCAAGCCUCUCGGAAAUCACCAAUAGCACAGAGAUCACAAGCUCCCUGGACAUCAUGGAUAUUGCUGCCUUCACAGCUGUACAGCCCCAACACAUGUACACAUAUAUAGACACCGUACAUGCCAUAGAAAGCAUUGAUUUCUCAGAAUUCACAGACAACACCGAUGUCACCGACAUCACGGAUAUUCCAGAAAAUGAGGUCACAGAGGUUCCGGAUGUAAAAAUUGUCACAGAAGUCAGAGACCUCUGUGAUGUCACAAACCACGCAGAGGUCACAGAGGUGGUUGAAGGUGAUGACAUACUAAGGGCCAAGCAGGAGGAGGAGGAAAAACUGGAAAACAUUCUGAAGCCUGAGUGUCCACAAGAUUCAAAAACAAAGAAUGAGUUAAAAGAAUCUUCAAACUCUGUCACCAUCUCAAACAUAACACUGAAUUUUGAAGGUGAAAAAUGUUUUCAUACUACUGUGACUCCAGAGGAAAAUGAGACAAAUACAUCUAAAGAGAUGAGCGAUAAAACCUCUGAAAUAAGGACAACUGAUUUUAACAACGUGGCUCUCAAGGCUGCAGAUUCCAGGAGCACGAGAACUCAUUCAGGUAUGGAACAAAUGCCCUGCAUUUCUUUGUGA